UUCUUUCAGCUGCUUAAAGACACGAGACAUCGGCAUCUUCUGCUUACAGGACAAACCAACUCGGAGGCCACUCAUCAUAUUAGAAGACCACCCCUCACCCCCACCUCUGUGACCAUGGCGAUGGUCUUUUCUGAGGACCAAGUGGCGUGUGUCUGUGAGGUUCUGCUGCAGAGUGGGUAUAUGGACCGUCUGGCUGCUUUCCUUCGUUCCUUACCCUCCAUCUCACCUUCCUCCUCCUCGUACCUGGGCCUGCAGGGCGCAGAGAGCGUGCUGAAGGCGCGCGCAGCCGUGGCGUUCCAUCAGGGCCGCUUUACGGAGCUGUACGCCCUCAUAGAGGGAAACGUUUUCUCCCCUCGCAGUCACUCUCUACUCCAGCAGCUCUGGCUCAGGGCGCAUUACUUGGAGGCAGAACUGCAGAGAGGGCGUCCUCUAGGGGCAGUGGGGAAGUACCGCGUCCGCCGCAAAUUCCCUCUGCCUCGGACCAUCUGGGACGGAGAGGAGACCAGCUACUGCUUCAAGGAGAAGUCCCGGUGUGUGUUGAGAGAGUGGUACUGCAGGAAGCCCUACCCCUCACCCCGGGAGAAACGCGAUUUGGCUGCAGCCACAGGCCUCACAGCCACUCAGGUCAGCAACUGGUUCAAAAACCGUCGCCAAAGAGACAGAGCCGCCCAGGGCCGUAAAGGGCAAAUGGAAGAUUCUGUGCCGCAGCAGUUAUUGUGCUCCACUGGAACGUCUAGAGGUGGCUUCCAUAGUUCGGACGAUGACUUUUCCCCUCCAACGAGCCCCAGAUCACUCUUCCCCUGCUCCCAGCUCUCCUCUGCCCACCCGCCGCCUCUCAGCCACCUCGGCCCUCCUCACUACUCUCCCUACUGAUGAGGUCUUGAAUGCAGACUGACCGCUCCGUUUACACUUCAACAUGUUGCUGCCGCCUGCUGGCACAGCAGAGGAAAUUCAUUACUUGUUAGUCUGAUUCUGUGGGAUGAAUUGUACAUGAGUGAGCAAGUGAGCAAUACGGUAAAACAUCAUGACACUUGAAGACAUAAUACAUAUCACAAUGUUUUUUUGAGGCUGUGAACAAGUUUGAAUGAACAAAUUGCGACAGAAAAAGGCUAUGAAAAAAUAUGAAUACAUUUUUUUUUUUUGCAAGAAAAUUUGAAAAUUGUAGAAGCCCAUUCCUGCCAGGUAGAGGAGGGAAAAAGCAGUAUAUUAACAUUUUGACUUAAAAUAAUGAAUCUGUUGAAAUAAAUAUUAUAUUCCUGAACCUUUUUACAUUGUAUCUCAAAAUAAUGACUGACUGUCAAAAACAUGACUGAUUAAACUUCAAGAAAGUAAUUAUUCUGAGAUGUCAUUAUUAUAACUCAAAAAGAUCUAGAAAACAAGUCGUUUCAACAUGACUGUCGAGACACUAAGUGAAAACUUUGAAAUACAGCUGCCAGAAACAGAAAAAAAAAUAUUGUCACUGUCAGAACCGUUCAUGUCUGUUCUUACAUAUAU